AAUAUUUCUGUCCAACUUUGAAACUCACUAGACCUUUUUAAUUCUAUUUCUCGCAAAAUGGUGGAUCAUCAUGGUGGGUACAACCGCGAUGAGAAGAACCAAUAUGGUUUUCCUCAUCAUAAUCUUAGAGCUGACCGUGUAGUUGCUCGGGUAGAGAAGUCGGUCAAUUUGGUUAUCGGUCAUAGACAAACACAAAGGCUGGCCGGUUCAACGGAGCAUGAACGUAAUCAAAUGGAUUAUAAAGGUACCUCAAGCAAUGAAGGUAAAACGAAGGGUAAGUACACGACUAAGAAGAUCCCAAAAUGGAAGCAUAAUGAUUCAGGGAACAAGAUAGGUCAAAAGGAGAACAAUGAACCACCAACUAUGAUCGUCGCUGGUGGAUGGGUCAGGCCAAAUCGAGCCAUGUGGGCUUCACCUCCAAACAAGCCACACAACAAUAAUUAAUUAUUAUCUGAGAGAAGCUGGUGGGAACAUAUCUGUGAACUCAAAUUACAGGUUCAAGUUGGCGAGUAGACAAACGUUGAGCAAGAACAAGGCCGGUGGUCUUUUGAAACAUCCAUUGAAACUCAGCCAUGGAGGGUGUGGUGGCAUAUAUUUAUGUGUCUAGAUGGGUGAAGUUAAUAAGUUUAUUAUGCGUAAUACUGUACCAUGGAAGUUGAUAUGUUAUAUACUGUAUAUUACGAGCGUAUGUAAUAUAUAGAAUUCAAUAAAACCUAUCUAUAUUUGCAUUUUUCUAA